AUGCCACCUCUUCCAAACGCGAAGCUGCCUACUGUACUCUCCUCCCCAACCCAUCCCAGCUCCGCUUAUCCCCGCGCGCGGGGGAGAUCAAGCUCUCUUCCGCCUUAUGGUGAACCGAACAGACCUGACCAGCUAACCCAUUCUUACCUCACAGGCCCGUACUCCAAGUUCCGCGUCGGGGCAUGUAUCAUCACUGACGCGGGCGAGUACAUCGUCGGUGCGAACGUCGAGAAUGCUGCGUAUCCGGUUGGAACAUGUGCGGAGCGAGUUGCUUUUGCCACUGCUAUAGUCGCCGGACACAAGGACUUCAAGGCCAUUGCCGUUGCAACGGAUAUCAAGCCUGUAUGCGCGAGUUCACGACCCCCCUCGUUCCCGAUCUAUAUGUAUGAUGGCGAGGGAAACUACACCGUCAAGACUAUGGGCGAGUUACUUCCUGAUUCAUUUGGACCGUCUCAUCUGCCAAAGUAA